AUGGUCACGACCUUUGAAAUGCUUACUACCUGGAAUCCAGUCACGGCUUCCUUGAUCUCGCCUAUUUUGGUGUACUGGAUCGCCUCUGGAUUCUUUGCUUUUCUUCAUUGGCUCAACUCGCCUUUUUUCGAAAAAUACCGUAUCCAUUCUCCUGAAGAAGUCGCACAGCGCAAUCGGGUUCCUCACUUAGCCGUCUUCCGCGCCGUCGUCUUUCAACAAUUCUGUGAAGUUGUAGUCGGUGUUGCCUUGGCUAUCUUUGAAGGUUAUCCGGAACCCGAAAAUCAUCAAUUGCAACUUUUGCGCUAUCAAACCUUUUUCGGAAAGAACUUUUCCCCUCUAGUCCAAGCUCUCCCUUUCCUUCCUUCUCUCGCCUACAACUGCCUCGUUCCCCUAUCCCAAUACAUCCUUGCCUUCUUCAUUAUCGAUACCUGGCAAUACUUUUGGCACAGAUACUUGCACUACAACAAGAAACUCUACAACAUGAUCCAUGCCCACCAUCAUCGCUUGCAAGUUCCUUAUGCCAUGGGCGCUUUGUACAACCACCCAUUUGAAGGUUUGAUUUUGGACACUUUGGGUGCUGGUGUUGCCUAUCUCAUCGCUGGCUUAAGCCCGAACCAAGCUAUCGUUUUCUUUACCCUUUCUACUUUGAAAACCGUCGAUGAUCAUUGCGGUUAUCUUUUCCCUUACGACCCUCUCCAAAUCUUCUUCGCCAAUAAUGCCCGCUACCACGACCUUCAUCACCAACCAUAUGGUUUCCAAAAGAACUUUUCUCAGCCUUUCUUUACUUUCUGGGAUCAUGUCUUAGGCACUUACAUGGCCCCCAAGGCUGAGAGCAUGAUUGAACGAAAAGUCAGAGGUGGUAAUACCGUGGAUGUCAAGAAAGUUAACUAA